GUGUACGAUCGCCUGAGAGUCGAUUCUGGAAUAGACUCUCAGGUCUUUUCGGAGACGUCCAUUGACAAAUACUCAAUCACAUUAGUAGAUCUUAUUCUUACCCUAGAGCAAAUGCUAUUUGGUUUCUCUGCUGCUUAGUGAUUUAGAGUGCAGUGAUUUUUCUGGUGUAGGGAGGUUUUGUUUAUUGACCAAUGUUAGCGAAUGUGCACCUAUAAACCAUCACUGGCUCCAGAGGACGAUUUUCGCAUUUGAGUUCGCGGGGUUAGUAGCAAAGAUCGAGAUCAAGAUGCAGCUAUCUUUACAAUUAUUUGAUUUGAGGUCGUCAUAUGGUCGGAUAACCAUGAGUUGGUUGCUAUUAUUAUUGAGUCUUAUCGCGGUUUCUCAAGCGGAAAAAACCUACAUAAAUCUAUACGGUGAUGAACCAUUCAAUGGUAUCGAGAAUGUGUUAAAAACCAUAGCAGGUAUUCUGAAAUUUGCAUAUGACAGCAUACGAUUCAUGUUUUUGGAACCACCGGAGACAACCCCACAAAAUGGCGAUAAAUUCGAUUUCAUUGUCAUCGGAGCAGGAACAGCAGGUGCUGCAAUUGCUUCAAGGCUCAGUGAAAUAUCAGAUUUUCGGGUACUACUUAUUGAAGCAGGACGCAGUGAAAAUAUUGCUAUGAAUGUGCCUAUUAUUGUCAAUGAUCUGCAAUUCAGGGAUGACGUUAAUUGGAAAUAUCAAGCGGAGCCAUCUGAUAAUUAUUGCAGAGGAAUGACGGACAAACGAUGUAACUGGCCACGAGGUAAAGUGAUGGGUGGAAGUAGUGUGUUGAACUAUCUCAUCGCAACGAGAGGAGAUCCACGAGAUUAUGAUCGAUGGGCAGAGCUUGGAAAUGAAGGUUGGUCAUGGAAAGAGGUUCUACCGUACUUCAAAAAACUUGAAACUAUGGGUAUCCCAGAACUCAAAGAUAAAGAAGAUCACAAUGAUAAUGGUCCAGUUCAUAUCAAUGCUGCUGAUUUUCAGACGCCCCUCGCAGAAGCUUUCCUAGAAGCAGGAAAGGAACUCGGUUACAAAAUCAUUGAUUACAACAGUGCUGACCAGCCCGUUGGAUUUUCUUACCUCCAAACGACCAUAAAAGAUGGUAUGAGAUGCAGUAGUAGUAAGGCUUAUCUACAUCCAGCAAAAUCAAGGCCGAAUUUGUUAGUGACAAGGAAUACCAUAGUUUCAAAAGUGCUUAUUGAUGACGAUAAGCGAGCUAUUGGUGUAGAGUACUUUAAAGACGGCACAAUGUACCAAGUUUAUGCAGAGAAAGAAGUGAUCUUGAGUGCGGGUGCCAUUGGUAGUCCUCAAAUUCUGAUGUUAUCGGGAAUAGGCCCAGCUGAGCAUAUCAAAGAAAUUGGAAUAAAUCCAAUAGUUGAUCUUCCAGUCGGCGAAAAUUUAAUGGACCACAUUGCGUAUGGCCUCAUCUUUCAAGUCAACCAACCGGUAGGACUACACAUCUAUGACCUCAUCAACCCGACUAAUCCGUACUUAAGAGAUUAUUUGCUUUAUCGAACAGGACCAUUGACUGUGGCCGGUGGUUGUGAAGCACUAGCCUUUCUUGAUGUGGAUAGACCAAAUAAUCAUACUGCUUAUCCGAAUGUAGAAUUGCUAUUUAUAUCGUCUUCCUUUCUCACCGUCAGUAGAUCGCGUUAUGCUUUUGGAGUUUCAGAUGAUAUUUGGAAUGAAAUAUAUGCGGCUGAUGAACAUAGCUAUACUUGGAUGGUUUUCCCUAUGUUACUGAGACCUAAGAGCCGAGGGAAAAUUCUGCUACGUAAUGUCAGUAUUGAGAGUAAGCCGAUAAUUAUACCAAAUUAUAUGGCGGACAAACAGGAUGUCAGGGUUCUAAUUGAAGGUAUCAGAGCGACAUUGAAAAUUAGUGAAACUAAGGCUAUGCAGAGGUUCGGGAGCAAGUUAUUUCCAGCAAAGUUUAGAGAGUGUCAAGGUUUCGAGGAGAAUAGUGAUGAUUUUUGGGAAUGUGCGAUCAGAACUAUAACAAUGAAUAUAUAUCAUUACUCGGGGACGUGUAAAAUGGGCCCUCAGAAUGAUCCCACUGCAGUCGUCGAUGCAAGGCUAAGGGUACAUGGGAUAAAGAACCUGAGAGUAGCUGACGCAUCGAUAAUGCCUGAAAUUAUGUCGGGUCAUACCAACAUCCCCACUUAUAUGAUAGCUGAGAAAUUAUCAGACAUGGUGAAAGACGAUUGGGGAUAUCCAGUAUAGCACCCGUUGUAAAUAGAUCUCAAAUACAUUUAGAUAAUUUAUACCCCUAAUGACUCAUUGUAUUAUAGUUUAGAAAUUAAUGAAUUUCUCAGUUCAGUGCGGAGAAAAAAAAUUUGGAACAAGUACCUUUGAAAUUAUAGAAAGAAUUACCUUUUAAAUCGUAAUAUUAAUGCAUGAAAAAUUCAUUGAUUGCCUGUUAUUUUUGGAUUAUUAAGUAUAAUUCAUCGAAUUUUAAGUAAAAUUGCUGAAAACAACUUUUUACAUCCGGAUUAUGUAUCUUUGUGUCAUUUUCAUCUGCUCAUUACUGAUAAAAUUUCAUUAUAUGCGAUUAAACGUAUAUGUACAUAAUGUCUAGAGGUUCAUUCACGAAGUAUGAACUUGAUUAUAAACACCAUACUCCAUCCAGAAAAAGAAGAAUAUAAUUUUUUAAAAUAA